AUGGACCGGCCACAUGGCCAUGACCCAGGGGGUGGUUCAACCCAUCCCCAACCGCCUGAAAAGGAAGUUACAAUUAGCAAAGGAACGCCGACCAUUGGCGACUGUCAUACCAAGAAGCCAAAAUUCAAGGGCAUCUCCCCGGUCGGUAAGGACAAUCCAGCUGCACCCACGGAACGCAUGGAAUCUGAAGUACAACAUCAUGAUGCACAGAAUGAAAACCCCCAGGUCCAACAACAGAAACCACACCCCAUGAAUUUCAAGGAAAAACUGUUUAGGGGAAAGAGGCCGAUUAUCCAACACUUAUUUGGAGCAGAUGAGGUGAUUGAUAACCUUGAAGAAGGGGUAAUCCUUAACAGGGUUGGCCCCAUACCGAAGGCCUUUGUUCACCAAAGGGUGGAGGACAAGCUCGCAGCAAAGUGGAAGAAUGUGAUCAUUGUGAAGCUAAUGGGGGGAACAAUCACACUUGCACAGCUGCAGUACCGCCUGGAACGAAUGUGGACUAAUACUAAGGGCUUUGUGAUUGCCGAUAUGGACAGAGACUAUUUCUCUGUGACUUUUGCUGACCCAGAAGACGUUCAGAUGGUCCUAACCAAAGGCCCGUGGUUGAUUGGCGAAUCCUAUCUAUUUACACAACGAUGGGAUAACACCUUUAAUGCCGAAUUGCAUAAGAGGGGACCAAAUUGGACCGCUGGACAAACCAGGAAUGCCUCAAGAGCUGGGAUAAAUGGGUCCCGGUUCACUGCACUAGGAGACUUGCCGAAUGACGAGGAAUCUACUGAAAUUCCGGCUGCGUAUCCACCUUUAACAGCAGAGAAUCAAAGAAGGAAGGAAUUUGUCAUUUCAACUGUGGGCGUGGGCCAGAGGAGAGAAAGGCCACAAGGGAGACCAAGUAGAACAAACGCAUGGAAGGAGCUGGCUUCCUUGGACCUGGACAGACAAUCAAGUGACAAACAGCCCAAGGAAAAGGAGCCCAAAGAAAAGAAGCAACAAGCAGCUCAAGCAAUUAUGGGCCACAAAGGGGAACAACCGAAGCCCAAUGAAAUAACUGGGCUAGCUGAAACAUCAUGCAAAAAUAAGAGACUCAAUGAAAAGGAGAAUAUCAGCAGAGUACCCAGUGAGGACCGGUCAAAUGACGAAAACCAAGUCUCGGGAUCGGGGGACCAAAAUAUGGGGCGUACGGCGGCACUGACGGAGAGCUUCCCAAAUGCGAUGGAAAUUGGAGCUGGGGGCGACGAAUUAGAGGAAAUGACAACGGAGGAGAACCAUACUCAAUCGGGGGAGCUAAAUCCAUCUCCAAUUAGAAGUCACAGCUUGGGGGCAGAGAUGAUGGACAAAGAGGAGGUGUUCCAAAUGUCCCAAUCAUCCAAAGGUAGCGGAAUGGAGGAGGAAGGAGUUCUGGGGACUAUCGGGGCUGCUUCUGAGCCCCUUCGACAAGCUUUUGAUGAUUUUGUUAGUCAAUACAAGCCAGAUGUUGCUGCUGUUUUUGAACCUAGGAUAGGAGGAUUGGAUGCCGAUUCUUUCAUAAAAAGAAGUAAAUUUGACAGGUCCUUCAGAGUGGAGGCGGUGGGUUUUACUGGUGGUAUCUGGGUAAUGUGGACAGAGGGGAUACAAGUAGAGGUCCUAGCCUGCCACAAACAGUUUGUCCAUACCAAAGUGUAUAGCCCGGUGAAGGAGUUUUUUAUUAUCUUUGUUUAUGGCAGUCCUAUACCAGGACUACGAAGAGAGUUGUGGGGGGAGUUAACUGUAUUAUCCAGGGGUUUGAAUGGGCCUUGGUUAAUUGGGGGGGGAGGGGACUUCAAUAGUAUUCUCUUUGAAUCUGAAAGUAAAGGAGGUACAAGGCGAUCGGGGAUAACGAGUGCAUCGUUCGCCGAUUGGAUUAGUGAGAACCAGCUAUGGGAAGUAAGAACGGAUGGAGUCAAGUUUACUUGGAGGAGGGGGAGAUUGCAGAGAAGGCUGGAUCGUUUCUUGUGCAACGAUAAAUGGUGUGGGCACAUGGUUGAUGCAAACCAGACGCGGAGACCUUUUCGCUUCCUUGCUGCAUGGCUCACACAUGAAAAGUUUGACGACAUGGUAAGGACAGCAUGGAACAAUGGUCUGGAGUAUGGGCCUGCGGUUGAUCUUUUUCAGCAGAAUGCACAACAGUGGAACAGGGAGGUGUUCGGGAACAUCUUUCAAAGGAAGCAAAGAGCCAUGGGGAGGUUAAUGGGCAUCCAGCGAGCUAGGGAAACGUCUGAAUCCCAAUUCCUUGACCAACUGGAAUCCGAAUUACAGGCGGAAUUGAAUUUGAUUCUCCAACAAGAGGAAUCGCUGUUGAUACAGAAAUCGACGAGAGCUUGGAACUUGGAGGGAGACAAGAAUACGACGUUUUACCACAAUUACGCCAAAGGGAGGAAAAGGAGGAACAAGGUGGUGACACUGCAGGAUGAUGGAGGUGAAUUGGUGGACGAUCAGGGUAGGCUAAGGGAGAUGGUUUUGUCCUUUUUCAAAACUCUGUAUUCAGCCAGAAUGGAACCCUUUAUUCCCUAUCCUGUUACAAAUUGUUUCCCAGUCAUAGAGCCAGAAAAAUUACAGAGGUUGGGAAUGGCGGUGGGUGAACCUGAAAUCCUGGGGGCUUUGAAGGAGAUGGCCCUUUGA